UCCUCGAUCGGGAACGAAGAACGAAGAACGAAGAACGAAGAACGAAGAAACACGUGGUCGACGCGAAAUGCAUCUGGGCGGAAGGAUGACAUGCAGUCAUCGAUGAAACGAAGAUCAUGCAAGAAAAAGUAUUGCGACUGCGUGAUAUGCCGUGAACUGACCGAUUGCAGAAUGUCGGCCAAUCUGGAGGCCCCGGUUCGUCGCGCGGAGGGCAUCAACUUUAUCUUGCGCCGUGCCCUGCCAUUCACUGGCAAAUCGCCGUCCAAAGAGUGGCUAAACAUUAGCAACGACACAGCCAACCCUGGUGACGACGACGACGACGACGACGACGACGACGACGAUUACAAAGAUGGCGCCGCGAUAGACGAGAUUGAUCACGGGAAAGAAAUGGAGAACGAAGCGAUGGCACCGGUAACAACCGGUGCGAAGAAAGGCGACAAAGACGUGGCUCAUAAAACUGUCAUCUAUUUCGGCGACACGAACCAGAAACAAAGCAACAGAUUCAACGAUAAAGAAGCUUCGUCGAAUCGUUGUCAAUUUACGGUUGCCAAAGAUGAAUCAAAGAUGACGGGGUCGAAGAAGGACGAGCAAGUCGUCGAUGAUCGAGACCGAGAUCGAGAUCGAGACGAUGGAGAAAGAUACAGCGGAAAGUCGCUGGUGAACCUGGCAAAGAACGAGGACGUCAAGGUCACGCACGAAAUCGUGGUGAACGUCAGCCCCAGCAGGGAGGACGUGCUGAGAAUCCAAGAGGACGAGAGCCAGGUCGAGGACUAUUGGUCCUUGCCGGGGGAUAACACCGGGUUCAAGGCAGACUGGAGCUUCGUUCAACAGUGGCGCUUGAGGGGCCCGACCGGUGGCAAUGGACGAGAACUGUAUUGCCCUCCAUAUUCGAAGGAUUUCACGGAGAGUUCUCCAAAAAAUGGUAUUCACAAUACGGUCCACAUGGUUGCGGAAAGGGACACGGACAGCGUUGCUCCAACGCCAACGCCAACGCCUCAACAUCCUCAUCACUCUCAACACUAUCAUCUUAAUUUACAUGAAAUUCGUGCGCUUCAGAGGCGACCAGAGUGUACCGGUAAUAGCUCGUCAGAUGAGAACCGAUCGUCCGGGCACGCGAGCAUGUCGGACACAGGUGGGCACACGAGUAGCAGUUCGCCACCCCAUCGUCACCAUAGGGCACACAGUCCGCAACAGCUGAACUCUGUGCCGGAAGACGAUCGCUUAUCGGCCUCGGUUACCCAGAGAAACGGCAGAAAUCGAUCGGGACAGAAUCGUAACAGACACAGAGCUACACCCGCCAAGGUGCCGUGGUCUGGGUCUGGCCUAGAAGAUAUCAAACUAGCAAUUCAGCAGCUUACCAUGCGUUCUCAUAAAUCGUCUUCCACGUACUCCUCUUUGAGCGGCUCCGAGAGUUCAGAACCGGCUGUAAGGAGGCUCAUGAGACACUCGAGCUUAGAAACCAUCAAUACGAACGUGACCAGCGCCGACGAGUUCGUCUGGGUAGACUCUCACAAUCGGUUGGUGGAGUUGCAACAAUUACCGUGGACGCAUCACGACGUCCUUCGCGUGUUACAAAAUGGUCGCACCAGAGAGCACAUGGAGCAAGUAUCUAUGGAAACGAUACCGCGUCUUUCUUACCUGCUGCAACGAGCUCUGGUCAGAAUCGGCCGAGAGACUCAGCGACUGGCUAAACCUGUUGGUUUGUGCAGUAAACACGAGGUGUACAGUGCGUUUAAGAUCGUCCUCUGUCCGGCCUUGGCAGAUUCUUGCACCAAGGCGUGCUUGCGUGCUGCAGCGAUGUUCGCCGUAUCUGGCGAUCAGUUGAAGCAAUCGAAAGCAUCUCGAUCCGGAUUGCAACUGCCAGUGGGACGAUUUCUUCGUUGGAUGUCCGAUGUUCGAUUAGGAAGAAUGAUACACGAGUACGCGGCUAUAUAUUUAACAGCUGGAAUCGAAAAUCUGCUGGAGGAAAUACUAUUGCAGUGCAUACCGACCGAUUCCCAUACAACGUUGACUGCAACCAUGUUGGAACACGCUAUCGCCAACAAUGGAGAUUUAUGGGGCCUCCUUCAACCUUACGCGCAUCUAAAUGCCGGUCGAACGGCAUCAGGUGCACUUGCCAUGCCACGUUGGGCCAGUGUCAGUUCCCUAAAUUCCUCUUCAUCGUCCCGCAGUGGAAGAGACGCGGCAGGGUCAACGUUAGAACCAUCGCUUCUAACAACCUGCGUCGGAUCAAUGCCAGAGUUGAUAGACUUAAUCUCGAAAGUGGCGCAAGUAGGACGCUCAGCUAUACCUCUGACAACCAAGGCGUUGAACGCGCUUUUUUAUUACAUGAGGUGUUCGCAGCUGGAGCACGGUGAACGAGGCCUGGGGAUACAGGAGCUCGCGUACGAACGAGCAUACGUCGUUCUUCCGCCGCUGGUCGAGUGGGUAAGGGUUGCAACCGCUCAUGCAGAACACAGGCACGGACUAAUUGUGGAUCAAGACGACAUUAAUCAAGCUGCCAGAUUGCUGUUACCCGGCGUGGAUUGUCCUGUCAGGCCGAUAUGCUUCGAGGAAGUUUCACUGUGCUCGAAUCGUAUUGAUGACUCAGAAUACGUCCGGCUUUUAACCAUGGACAUGGCCUUCAAGAUGCUAAUAAGCGGUCGCGCAGAUUUAAUAGUUCAAGCCAUGCCUCUCUUGCCAUCGACAAAGAUCAAUACUGUGAAUGAUAACGGCUUCACCGCUUUAAUGAUAACGUGUAUAAAUAACGACGAAACCGCUGUCCUAGCACUGUUAGACGCUGGUGCCGAUUUGAACGUCGAAAGUCCACCUCCGCCUACCGGACAAUCAGCGAAUAUACCUUCCAAGACUCCCGUGGCGCUAAACGUGUCAAAUACUAAAAGUCCAAUGACACCGCCUACUAUGAUGACACCUGGAAAGAAUGCGCAGUCUCUAAAUUCAUCUUCCAGUUCGCCAGGCUCGUCUAGUAACGUUUCCAAUAGUACGUGUUACAACCACCACUCUGGUUUCAACGCGGAAACGCAACAUUGGACUGCUUUAACGUACACGGCGUUGUUAGGACAUUGUAACAUCGCUAGAAUAUUGUUGGAGAGAGGUGCAGCUGUCGAAGGUGGAGCUAAAUUGAGCGAAGACAAAUCUACGGUCACGCCAUUACAAGCAGCCACAGCAUCUGGCAACUAUGAAAUGGUUGCACUUCUUUUGGCUCAUGGAGCUCAGCCGUUUUUGUCUACUUUGAUAAAAGAUUCGUUUUCAUACUCCGGUUCUGCUCAACGGGGCUGUUACAGUGCGAUAUCAGUAGCAACGGUUCAUGGUCAGAGGAGCUGUCUUCAUCAACUGUUGUCUCAUCCGUUAAACUUCUCUGCCAAACGAGGGGAGAAAGAAGUAUUGUCGUUGGAGGAAAUUUUGGCAGAAGGUAGUGCUGGUGCUAGUCCUCAACAACAAACUGUGGACGGAAGAGGAAAUAGAAGAGAAGGGAAAGAACCAGUCUUUAAUAAAGUUCAGACUAAAGCUUUACAAGAAGCAAUGUAUCACAGUGCCGAAAGCAACCAUUUAGAUAUUACGAUGGAACUUCGUGGAUUAAAAGUGGGUUGGACAUUGCACUGCUGGAUGCAUAGUCUUGCAACAGCUCAUGAAAUGAGAUUAGAUUCGGUAAUAGAUCAGUUACUUCAAGAUUUUCUGCAAGUCUGUCCAGAUGACUAUUCAACGCAAUUCGUACAAGAAUGUCUUCCAUUGUUAUUUAACAUCUUUAGAUAUAGUAAAAAAGAAGGCACAACGCUUCUUCUCGCGGAUAUUUUCUGCACGUGUUUUGGAUGGGAACCGAUAAAACCCAUUCGAGACACAACGCUUUCUAGCGGGUCCAGAAUAGAUCCCAAAUUUGUAAAUAAUCCGGAAUUAAGCGAUGUACAAUUCAGAGUGGAGGGCAGGGUGUUCUAUGGACAUAAGAUUGUUUUAGUCACGUCGUCACCGAGAUUUAGAAAUAUGUUAAGUUCAAAAUUGUGCGAGGGAAAUCCUCCUAUUGUACAAAUUAACGAUAUUCGAUACCACAUUUUCCAGAUGGUCAUGGAAUUUCUAUAUCACGGUGGUUGUGCCACAUUAGAAGUUAAUCAAAGUGAUGUUUUGGAAUUAAUGGCAGCCGCGAAUUUUUUCCAACUGGAUAGUUUACUUAGAUAUUGCGAGGCACAAUGUUCUUCCAUGGUUGAUCUUGACAAUAUCGUUUCUAUGUACAUUCACGCAAAGGUUUACAACGCCACACAACUUCUCGAAUACUGUCAAGGGUUUUUACUACAAAAUAUGGUUGCUUUAUUAACUUACGAUGACUCGGUUAAACGUCUAUUGUUCGCUAAGAAAUUGCCUAAUCACGAUGUUCUCGCGGGUCUUCUUCUUACUUUGCAAGCAAGGAUAAAAGCUAGACGAUCUCAACAACAAAAUAAGAUAAAAGCAUAGAGAUACGAUAGACACCAAGCACGGUAUUUAUAUCAACAUUGUGAUUAUGAUUUUAUUUUUACUAUCGUCGAUAGUAAUGAUAAACAUAUUCACGUAUGUUUAAAUAACAUCAUUUAUCUAAAAAAAAAAAAAUAAAAAAAUAAAAAAAAACUACACGUAAACUAAGACUGAGUAUUUCACGAUUUAUUUUUAAUCUUUUUCUAGCGGGUAUUCACAUAUAAAUUAUCACUAAUACGCAUCAGUUUGCAUUCCAUAAGGUAUAUAUUAAUAGAUCAUAAAACUUACGUUUCUGCCAUGUAUUUGUUUCGUCAUUGUUGUGUAGUAUUUUCCGUUUAAGCAUUCUUUGUGUCAACUAUAAAUGUAUAUUUGAUAGCUUUCAAACUAUGCCGUUACAAAUGAAUCUAUCGAACGUAUAUAAUAUAAUUAAAAAAUUUCUAAAAAUUAGUUUAUCCAUCACAAAUUUUUAAAUAAAUAUGUAAAUAAAUAAUUAUCAUAAGUAUAGAAGAUGGUAUAUGCUGUGAAUUUUUAGUGACGAUAAAUUAUUAAUUAUAUAUAACAAAUGAAUAUAUAAAUAUAUAUUUUGUAUAUAAAACAGGCUGAACAGUUUAAACGUGAUAAAAAAAAAAAAAACGAUGAUGCGAAAUAUUAAAAUGUUGUCACGCAUUAAUAGUACAACAUAAUUUGUACACCCCAAUUACAAUAAAUUACAGAUAUUGUGAUAAUAAAUAACUUGUUUCACUUCUCGAAGCUUAAUAAAAUUGCCUAUAUUUUUUUAUCACAUUUCUGUUUACAUAUAAAUUACUGAACUUUGUAGUUUUUAUCACAUUGCAGCAUUAACUUGCAGUAAUUCACGAAAAAGAAAAAAAAAUAGAAUGCAAAGUAUUGUCACAUAAUGUCUAUACUGUCAACGAAUGAAGCUCGUCACACCUUUAAUAAAAUAUUACGAAAAACGUGAUUCAUUUUAAAAUAGAAGGAAAAGAAGAACGAAAUUGCCUACUACAAUUUUCUAGUACAAUAAAACAUCGUAAAAUUCGUUACUGCAAAAUGAAAUUGUUUCUGCUUAGACCUUAACAAUGUAACAAUAUUAAUAUCAUAUAUAAUGCAAUUUAUUUUAAAUGUCAAUGUUUAGUUGUAUAUACAAUGUUCAAGUUAUAAUCUUCAUGAUAAUGUUUGGAGUUUUUAAUUUUGGAAUGCCUAAUAAUCAUACAAGAGUCAAAUUGAUUGAAGAAAACGGCUGUCUCAAUCUUACGAUAAUCUGUACUAUAUUCUUUCUUUCAUUAUUAUCGUUGCAAGCUUCAAGAUAUGGAGAUACAUGCAAAUCAUAAUGAAUAAUGUUAUACUUCUAGUAAAGAAUAAUUGUAAAAAAUGAUAUAUUCACAAUUUAUACAAUUUAAUUAUGCUUAGAUUAAGAAUAUUGAUGUUGUCAUAUGUUCACAAAAGUUCUUAAUUACAUAAAUUAUCGUGUAUUUAAUAAGAAUUAUAUGAUAUAUAUCUCUUGUAAAAAUGUAAGCUUGAAGACAGUUUUGAAGAAGUAAUCAGUAGGCAUUCC